AUGGCAGCAAAACCUAUCUUUACUGCGCCCGAUGAUGCAUUUUUAAUGCAAAGAAACCUUCUCAAACCUGCUUUACACAGAAGACGAUUGGUUUCAUCGUCUAUUUCACAGUCUGUAUCACUCUCCUCAUCCGAUUCUGGUCUAUCAGAGGACUCAGGAGUCGACACGAAAGACUUCACUAUGAUACCCGAGUUUCUCGAGAGUGAGGAGACUAUCGAAUGGCUUGGCUGGAAUCCCACAAAAGCUGCUGAGAUAUGGAACAAGUGGAAGGUAAUACAAGAGACAGAGCAGGAACAGGGAACAAUCUUCGAAGUCGAUUUUCUACAACAAGCUUUAGGACAUAUUCCUCGCCGGAAUUUCGAGGAUAGUUCCAGCGACUGGGAGGAGCACAUGAGGUGUUGGGGAAUCAGCGAUGAGCUUAUCGAUGCGAUAAUGGAUGUUGAAUUUACCGACGUAAGAUGCACGAAGUCAGCUCAGCAUUGGGUAACCGACACUAUUGAGAUAAGGUACCUAAGUUUGGAAAGGAUCAGGAGGGAAAGUGAUCAGAGGACAAGGAAUAAUCAUGUUUUCAAUCCUAGUAUAGCAAGUACUGGGGUACCGCGAUACUCAACAGUGCCGAGCCUUCAAAUCUUAUUCAAAGCCAUCUCGACAGAGAGGCUGGGAUACAAGGGUGGCAAGAUUCAUGUUGGCUCUCUAGUGAGCAAAGCAGCGACUGAUUUUCGAGGCUACGGCGCUGCACUCUACUUUACACCUGACUACCAGGUUGCGGAUCGCUAUCGACAAUACAUCAGAAGACGGGUCAACACAUCACCUGCGCUGAUCAUUCAAUUAGCCCUACCAAAUGCAUGGAUAGAGGGACUCCCCCCUCGUGUACUGGAAUUCGGAGAUCUUUGGAAAAAAGUGGUACAUACCUGUCGCCAAGGCUACAACAUGACUGGAGAAAUGAAGUUCAUUCACAAUUUGCCCCUCAUCGUUGCACCAAUUGCGCAUUCGCCCAAUAAAGCUAUCGCCAGACUUGAUACAUGGCAGGAAGUCAACAUUCAGCACGUCAUGAAAGUAGAGGGACAGGAAACUCCACCAGUGCAAUACGUAUUUCAAGGAGACGACAACUUGGAAGAGAUCGGGCAAGUAGGCGAGCUAAAAAUGGUGACGUAA